AAAAGAUUUUUGUUCGCACUCUCAUUAGUUUUUGUUAUCUUCUUCAGUUGCAUGCCCAUCCAUCAUCCAUAAUAUUGCAGGUACCGGUACCGGUGCUGCCAUUACAGCUAUUAAUAGGUGACCAGAUUCUGUAGCUUCUCCUAAGCGUAUUAGUAGCAAGAUUUGAUUUUAUUGGAAGAUCAGGAUGGCUCAAGCCGUCGAGAAAGAAGCUGCUGCUGACGAUGAUGGGAGUUACUUGGUGUUGGUGGAUGAUGAUCAAAAAUCAGAAUCAGAAACUCACUUGUUGCUGGGCAAGACUCCCAAUGAGCUCAAGACACUUUUGAAGGACAUGGAAACUCUUUCCAAGAAUAUUGCUUCACUCCAGCUCACCAACAACAACAACAACAAUCCCAACACUUCAAGUAGAUCUAAUCUAAACAAGCUCAAGCUCGACAAGGAAGAAGAAGAUGUCGAUGCCGAUGCAGAUGCAGAUAAAGAUAAAGAUGCAGAAGAAUGUGCCCCAUUGGCUGCAGGUACAAAUAAAGAAUGGAAACAAGUAGAAGAUGACGAUGAGGUGGACUGGAAAGAGAGCACUUUUACAUUCCUUUACAUGUCAGGAAUCAAGACUCAAGCAUUUUGGUAUGCUAUCUUCAUAUACUCCGUGCAACUCUCUACCACCUUGUUGACGCUCAUUGACACCAUUGAUUGGCACGACCAAAAUAACAGAGUCGCCAUUCCUCCUAUGGUUGGCAUCACUGUCACCAUUGCACAAGGAAUCACCAUGUUCCUCAUGCUAUCCUUCCAGACGGAUUUGAUACAGGCAUUCAGCAAACUUCAAGAUGGAUACUACCCUGCUCUCAACCUAAACUAUCCAGGAGCCACAUACGCUGCAUGGUUGUUCUCCUGCUUGGCACAACUUGUCGCAGGAUCCAUGCUACUCGUCACCAUUUUUGUACUCACCAUGCAAGUUCAAGAUGUCAUUUCAAUGAUGCUCAACUUUGCAGCACUAUCCUUCCUCGCUGAUAUCGAUAAUCUAGGAUUCGCUCUCGCAAAGAACGGAUUCGUCACCGACACCAUGAGACGCCACGCAAAGGCUGUUGUUGACUUCAAAGUGCCAAGACGAGUCAUUGGUCGCAAGGGACGUGUCCUAAAACGGACCAUCUAUGUCAUUGGACUCGUUCUCCUUUACUCCAUGUAUGGGGCAAUCAAGUACAGACAGCUUCAAGGAUGGUACUUGCAAACGUACAUUUACGUACAGUUUGGAGACGCACAUUAUGAAGAACUCUCAUAUUACAGCGGAAUAUUCACGUCAGGGCACGGAAGAACCGCAUCCCAUAGGCAGUACCGAGAUAUGGCUACAAACAGCACACUGCUGGCAUACUGCAAAGAUGACGAAGCUUGGACAUUCUCCAGAAACGACGACCCAUGUGACUUUUUUGCCAUUUCACCAAGAACCAUUUCAUACGAUGUCACGUCCAUACCCGACAAUCAAUGGCUUGUCAAAGAUUCACUCUCCAGAUUGAUGCCCUUUGACUCAUUCACAUUGGUUGGAAGAGAUUGCGACCCAGAAGCGUGUCAAGGAGAAUGCACAGAUGAUGUCUGCCACUGUGCACCAGACCGAUUCGGUCUAGACUGUGAAUUCAGUAAUGUAUGCCCAGAACUAUUGGUCAUGUCCGAACCCUUCCCCUCCAUGAGAGAUGGAUGGGCAGUCAGCGAACACUUCGAACUCUUUCGAGAUAACACUACUGGCGAGCCCAUUCGGGUUUACGGUAUGCCCGUCUUUUACUCAAACAAGACAUUCCCGGCUAACGUCAUCUUCUUUGGAGGGCGUCGAUGGGUGAUGACUGAAGAAGCUACUCUUCUUGGCCGGCAAAGGCAAGAGUAUUACGACAUGGCGGAUUCGGGAGCAUUCUUCCCGCAACAGACAGCAAUGCACCUGCAAAACGAAUCCUUUCACGGAUACCACGACAAUUCACACCACGUUAUUUUCUUGAGCGACACAGUCACAUAUCAAACCAUGCGGCCAACGCCCGCUGGGCUCGGCUGGUAUGGCACAGUGCUGCAAAAGGCGGACGGUGGGAGACCCAUUGUGUCAAAAGGGCACAAGAUUGAUGCGGUUCUUGCCUGUGAAACGUGCAACAAUCAAUACUAUGGAUUUUGCAAUUCCCAAGGUGGCACGUGCAACGCAACCACGGGGUUGUGCGAGUGCAACGAUGGCUAUUCUGGUGACAAGUGCAGUCAAGUGGAAAAAUGCUUUGAGCAAGAAAGGCCGUGCUUUGGGAAUGGAAUAUGUGAUUUGGCAUCGGGAGAGUGCAGAUGCUUUUAUCCGCACUAUGGAGCCACCUGCGACUCUGAUUACUGGUGUAUUGAAGAGUAUGGCAAAUGCCUUGAAGGUGGUGUUUGUGAUGUUUCUGGUGGGAGUAAUUUUGCCUGUGAUUGCCUCGAUCCUGCAACGACAGGAGCCGCUUGUGAGCUCCGAAAGGAUUGCACGUUCUAUGGAUGUGAAAAUGGAGGGAGCUGCAAUGAAACCACACAUGCAUGUGAAUGCCCACGCCCAUUCUAUGGGUAUGGUUGCCAGCUUGUGAAUGCAACUCUGGACGAGCAUAUUUGUAGAACGGAUGCGGAUUGUGUCGGCGGUGGCAAUUGCGACGCAACAAGUGGUACAUGCACUUGUGAGAGUUCUGGAAGGUACGGAUCCCUGUGCGAGCACGAAUACGAUUGUACAAAAAGCGGUUGUCACAGGAGUGGUGGGCUUUGUGACAUCGACAGCCAUUUGUGCAAAUGCAUAGAACCAUACUUUGGUCCAUCGUGCUCGGAGCUUCCGGACUGCGUGGCCGAUAGUGAUUGCUUUGGAAGCAAUUCGGAGUGCGAUGUUGACUCCGGUACCUGUAAAUGCAAAGACGUUUUCCGAACCGGCAAGCUGUGCGAGAUAUCUGAAGACUGCCGGCGGUUAGAUUCUGGUGGGUGUUUGAACAAUGGCAUUUGCGACCCGAAUGGCUUUUGUGAGUGUCGGCUACCAUUUCGCAAAGCCUUGUGCCACUGGAUCAUGGAUGACGAAGAGCACUAGCUAUUACUAGCUAGCAUAAUACCGGUCCGGUCCGGUCCGGUCCGGUACGUCUAGUAUCAGAUGUCUACAUGUAUAAGAAAUUCUACCGUGCACAUUUCCCUGCCAUGUGAUUGGAGCCCAAGCUGUUGUCUUGGGGCAGCAGUGACAAACUGAGUCGAGUCGAGUCGCGAGUGACUUUGGCGGGUGCAACGCAACACGGUGGACAAUGACGAGAACAAGAAAAGAUCAAUAUUUCGAUACGUUCAAUGUUCAAUCUAUCUUUACUCGGCGGUAUCCUAUCAAGAUGACGCCACGUCCUCCACCAUGAUUAUGACAGGAAAGGAAGGCUCACGACGAAAACGAAGACCAUCGCUUGGGCUGUGCACGAGCGAGAUGUUCGGCACUUGUCUCCCAUUUUAAAAAUCGCUCCCACUCAGCAACAGCAUUCAACUCUGGUGCCCAGCCAUUCUGCGUGCACUACUUAAAAAGUGCAUUGCCUCCUGCCACAAGUCCUCAUCAAUCUCAUCGUCAAUCUCGUCGUCAUCCGAAUCACUAUCAUUCGCGGCAGCUCUGCUGUUCCUGCUGUCGAUCGGCCACGGUUGUUGCCGUGUUGGGCACUUUUGGCUGGCUUCAACUUCGCCACGUCUUGCUUCUGGGGCUACUAGUACGACAUCUAGAGGGCGCGCAAGAAAAGAGGAGGAUGAGAGAUGUGCGAGAGGGUACUAGUACGAGACAAUCACGAAUGACGAAGGACUUUGUUUCUUUUGGUUGGUACCAGUACAGUGUUCUCGAGUCGGUAUACUAGCUAGCUAGUAGUCUUUCCCUUUCGGAGGAACGCGAGUUGUCAUUGUUGAGGUUUCGAUUUUGUUUUCUCUCUCCAAAAGGCCAAGAACCCGAAGCCUGUUUGAAUUUUAGGGUGCACGCGCGGUCAGUUUUGCGCCCAAAUUCAUAUUUGCGCCCUCAAAUUUAAAACCUCCCAACAAUAAACAGAUCGAGCAGUACCACCUGGUACUAGGUCUAGCUAGCUAGUAGGUGGAGGCAUGUUGCGGUACUAGCUAGUCUAGCUACCGGUAUUAAUAGUACAGUCGUACCGCUAUUGGAAAUGAGGCUUCAAGCUUCAAGCUGUUUAUCAAAGCUGCUUCCAAUACCGGUACUAGUAUGCAUAGCUGUUCCCAUACUGUACAUGUAUGGUACCGGUAGAUAUGCAUAGAGAAGAGAUACAUGUACCACAGAUGGCUCAUAGCAUUACAAGUGGCCAGUACUAGACUAGAUAUAUCUAUGAUAUUAAUAGUAGAAGUGCAGAAGUGGGAGAUAUGAUGAGGAGCUGCUGUUGUGUCCAGCUGUCCAGCUUGGAUGAGCAACGCAUUCGGCAGCAUCAUGAUGGCGUGAUGGCGUGGCACCUGUAAUUCUGCAUCCAUGUUGAUCGAGAACUGCAAGACUCCACAAGAUUUAGAAACCAAUGCGCGCUCGUCCUGAGACUCAACGAGGAUUUAACAUAGACCAUUAAUACAUC